AUGGAGUACCUGAUCCGCUUCGCCCAAACGCACGAAAGUUUCCGACUCGCCGAAAUCGAAGCACUGGCCUGUCGCGCCGGCAAUUUGAAAUAUGACAUUAUUUCAUAUAAAUCCGAUUCACCAUUCUGCAUAAUUCGAUUCCACAACCUCCCUUCUACUUCUACUCCUACGUCUACUUCCACCCACUCAUCAUCAUCAUCAUCAUCAACUCCCCAUCAAACCGUCAUCGACGAAAUCAUACGAGCAUUCGAAGCAAAAGCCAUCAUCUCACGCGGAAUCUACGAACUCUGGGGCGUGGGGACGAAUUACGACGAAUUACACGCCGAUGUCCAGACACGAAGUGUACAUUUAUGGCCCGAAUUCCAGGAGAUGACGUUCAAGUUUGUGAUUGAUUGUUACGGCAAUACCAGAGAUAUGAAUACCCAGAGACAAUUGAUUCAAUCGUUUAGUUAUCUGGCCUUUCGCGGGAAAAUCAGUAUGAAGAAUCCAGAGGCCGAGUUUGCGGUUAUGGAGGAGUGGACUUUGCCGGAACAUGUCAGCAGUACCGAGGGUGAAGCACCUUCAACAUAUGAGGUGGUAUCCCCGUCUGGCUCUGCUCCAAAGGUCAAAGUACCACCGACAUUGAAACAUAUCUACUUUGGUCGCAAGAUUGGAGAUUCACAACGUUAUUUGAUUGAUAAACAUGAUCUCAAGAAACGGCCAUAUAUUUCGACUACGUCGAUGGAUGCUGAAUUAGCUUUGGUUACUGCAACUCUGGCUCUGGCUGCGCCGGGAAAGAUCUUUUUGGAUCCAUUUGUUGGAACGGGUGGGUUUAUGGUCGCUGCUGCGGAGCUCGGCGCACUGGUUUUUGGUUCUGAUAUUGAUGGACGGAGUUUUCGCGGCAAAGGACAGGGUCUCGAAAAAGGGGUGGGUGCUAACUUUAAGAAAUACAAUCUCACACAUCUCUUUGGGGAUUGUAUUACCUCGGAUUUGACAAACACCCCGUUGCGAAUCAACCAGGGAACUAAAGAGAACAACAAGGACGAUCGAUGGCUCGAUGGAAUUGUCUCUGAUCCUCCAUACGGAGUAAGAGAAGGUCUCAAAGUUCUGGGACUGCGUCGACCGAAUCCCCAACCUGAAUCAGAUGGCCCUGACGGAUCUCUCUCCCCUUGUCCUCCUCCUCCCUUUGUACCACCAAUUCACAUGAUUGAUGGAGUUCUGGCCUACAAGAGACCGGAUUAUAUUCCACCAAAGCGGCCGUAUUCCUUUGACAGGAUGCUGGACGACAUUUUGGAUUUUGCCGCCAGAACACUGGUUGAUGGAGGUCGAAUUGCCUUCUGGAUGCCCAGCGCCAAUGAAAACGAGCUGGGCGAGGAAGAAAUCACCGCCAUCCCCACACAUCCUCUCCUCGACCUGAAACAUGAGUGCAUCCAGCGGUUCAAUAAAUGGAGUCGCAGGUUGCUGGUCUAUCAACGAGUCCCGGGUGUUGUGGAGAGACAUGAUCCCGAUGGUGGACGGGUGGAAAAUGGAUAUACCGCCGAUGAGCUGAACCGAUUCCGGAAGAGAUACUUUCAACCCGUAAAGAGUUAA